GCUAUAAUGCUAAAAUUUUCUGUGCACAUGCAAUCGUUUCAGAAUAAUAUAUUCAUGGGUGGUAGGGUAGGUUUGUGGUUAUAACGUGCAAAAAAGAUGUAGUGAACUAAAACUGUAGUGUUUAACUCGUCAAAAGAAGACUGUUUCGUACCGUAUUAUCAUUACAAAUGUUUUGCUGGGUUUAAUAAUUGAUUUCACAUUACUAUAAUCAGAGUAGCCAAAAUGCCUGUACAAAACUUGUUAGAUAUUAAUACUGAUAAAUUAUUUGAAGAUCAUACUAUUUCGGAAAUUUUAGAAACACAAAAGAAGUUACAGACAGAAAUAGAAAGAAAAAGAGAAGAAUUAAGAACAAUGGUGGGUGAACGGUACAGGGACCUAAUUGAAGCUGCAGAUACAAUUGGUGACAUGAAGAAAACUGCAGAGGACAUAAUUUCACACAUUGAUAACAUGAGCACCAAGUGUCAACAGUUACAGCAGAAACACUUGUUAGGUUUCAAACUGGAUGAAAGUAAUUCCAAGGCUGAAAGGUCGUCAAUGAAUAAAGUUUAUCAAUCUGUUGCCAUCCAAAUAAAAAUAUUAAUAGAUAUUCCAGAACAAAUUUGGAGUGCCGUGGGAAAGGAAGACUAUAUAUUGGGUGCUCAGCUGUUUUUAUUUGCACGCCAUAUUAAUACAGGUCUCCAACUACAUGCACAUGGAGAUGGUGAGGUCCUGAACUCCAGCAAGGUAAUGCUAUGGUUUCCUGUAAUCUCAAGACAGUGGAAUGCCAUCAGCCACUUCCGAGAAGCUAUUCUUUCUGGCUGUCAGAAUAUGCUGCAGUCUCACAACUUAUCUCCAGAGGAUGCAUCAAGCUGUUUGAGUACACUGGUUUUGUUGGAAGGUAUUAACUCGUUGGAGUUGCUGAAUACACUGUUGAACCUGCGCACACAAGCUCUUAAAAAUGUGUUGCAAUCGGAUGGACAUGACAGUGUGAAGGUUCGUGUCUGUACAAGUCUGAAGCUUCUUAUACACACAAUACUGCUACUUCAUGCCUGCUUUCUUGAUGGCAGUCAAAAUUCGUCCCAACCUGAAGGAUUGAUUUGGAAACAGCUGAAGAGUAUUGUGGGAUGUGAUGCUUCACCAACAGUCACACUUGUUGAUUUGAAAGACUCAGCAGCCAAAAAGUUUUUACCUCCACUUAUUCAUGAAUUCAGGCCUUCUACAACAGAACCAGUGAAUCCAGUGUCACCAGGGGACAUGCGAGAGAAUGUGACUAAUUGGCUUGACUGGGUGCGUGACUAUGUCCAGCAGCAAGUGAUAUCAUUACUGAGUUUAGUAAGCUCAGUACGGGGCCUGCAUGGGAUACGUGAAGAAGUCAGUAACCUGGGAGUGGUUGAGAACUGGGAAACCAUGUGCCAACAGCUGUUGAUCCCCCGCGGUCUCAAUCUCUGGGAAGCAUAUUUUCAGCCACUUGUCACCCAAAGGGCCAAGUCCCUUGUGUCCCAGCAGUGGAGUGUAGCCCUUUCACAGUUACAGUCUUCACUUGCUGCUGUUGCUCGUGACAGUUCACAAGAAAAGUGCAUCCAUCCAGAGCAUGAUCUCCGCUGGUUUAUAUGGAAGGAAUGGGGCAGUGACCUGCCUCAGGGAGAGAACAGCCAGGAUCAACAACGAAAGAGAGGUUUACUGAUGAAAGCAAAGGGCUAUUCACCAUGUGUGGAGCACCUAUGUGCUGAAUUGGACUUGCAGCUGUUGGCAUUGCUCCAGGAUCUGCAACAUUAUCUGAAGGACAGUGUGGUGACAUCAAGAAAGUUAGCAGAUGGUGAUGAGCUACAGGAUCAUUUAAGGACAUGCAGCAUGGAGAACAUUCAGCAGUUGAUUCAGUUCAUCAAAGUGCAGUGUUUGACUAAAGAGGUGGGAGAGCAUGUAAAUAGGGGGUGUGUUGUAAUGAUAGCACGGUUCCUGCAGGCACUCUGUGAACUUUGUCCGAGCUUACAAAAGUGUUUCUCCCUCAGUCAAAACAGUAACAAUGUUAAGACUGCUGGAGGAACUCAGCCUGCAUCUACUCCAUGGCAAGAGGUUUUAGGAAGUGUUGCAGUGUGGCAGCAAUGGCAGCAUUUUAUUUCCGUUGAGCUGCAGGAAUUGGCAGAGUCAAAGCUCUGUUACCCUCGACAUCUCAACAGUUUCCUUCACUCUGUUCCACAAUGGGAUGUUGUUAGUAUUGAGGAAGAAGCAGAUGAAGGACGGAGUAUUCGCUCAGAUAUCAGAGUUCCAUCUCAACCAAGUCUUCCACUUCAGUCAUUACUCAAUUCAGUGGUCCAGGUGAUCAGUGCUGUGGCACCCCACACAUUACCAAGAAAGAUCCAUCAGGACUUGGUAGAAUGCCUAGUUGACAACAUGUUGACACACUAUGAUGAAAUUAGCAACAAUACUGCCAUCUCUCAGACACAGGCCUUGCAGCUGCUGCUGGAUGUCAAAUAUCUCACAAUGCUGCUUGUUCCACGAGACAACAAGGUGUUGUUGGGAAAGUCACAAGUGUUAAGUGACAAGUUUGAAGAUAAAAUUGAUCCGUUUGACUUGGAUGUUUUCUGUCCGUACAUUCAGAACAAUAUUAAGAAGAGCGUUCAGAGGACUCAGGGUUUGUUAGGUGUGCUGAUAGCUUGGCCAGAGAAGUUUGCAGUCAUGUCUGGGUUGCGAGCAACCAGCAGCAGUACAGUCGAGGACCCAAGUGUGCUCUCCCUUUGCACGAAUGCUCCCUGGUUCUCUCUUCUGCCAGUCACAGGGCCCCCUGGCACUCGCAUUAUAAGUGGCAUUCCUCAGAUCCACUCAGACAAACCUCAGCGCAAGAAAUCGAGUCCAAAACCAAAAACUGACCAGACUCCUGGCGAACUGAUGAGGUCAGGGGCAGCAGCUUUCUUUGGUGCAAUGAGCUCGGACUGGUUCUCAUCCAGCUAGAUUCUCGGUGCUGUCCAGGUGAAUGCAGCUGCUGUGGCUGUGAAGAACAGUAAUUUCUAGUAAAUCUUUGUAGGACAUAUUCAUUGAUACUGGCCAUUGCUAUUAAUAAGAAAAUUGUUUGCCAAAGCUUUACAAUUUUGUAUUCUGUAUUCAUGAGCGAACAUAACAUGGAAUUAUUCAGCCUGUCGGUACAUUCUCAUUCACUAGGUCGUCACUGUAGCAGUUUGAAAGUUUAAAUUUAAUGUUAAACAUAUCUUUUACAGGAAUUGAAAAAUUCUUCAGUUAUGAUUUGUGGACCUGAGAGCAAAAUGCUUUAUUACCACAUGAAAAAACCGUCAAGAAUUUUAGUGACGUGACAGUCAUGGGGCGGAACAUCCAAAGAGUGAUGCAUCCAGCUUCCGUUCUGUAGUAAGUCUUAGCCAAGACGUACAACUGUUCUGUUGUACUUUGUGGUUUUCGUCAGUAUUAGCAGAGGAGUACCUUGAAACGGCGCAUGGCGUCAACUUCCUAAAAAUCAUUUCCAAUUCACUCGUCAUCCUUUAAUUUCAAUAACUGCCAGAGUUGGUAUGUCAUAAUAAAAUAACCUAUAAACUAAUUACACACUUAAUAAUUAUGUUGCGGAUGGUGUAUGUAUAGACUUGUUACACUAAGCAUCCAUUAGAGCAGUGGUAUUCAACCUUUUUUGUUCGCGUACCCCCAGAUAUAUGUUCCCUUCAACUUUGUACCCCCAAAAUUGUU